GAAUUUUUACAAAUUUUAUGGGAAAGAGGAGAAGACUUCAAUUCAGCUUAGAAACCCUAAGAUUGAUUCCUCGACAAAUGCAUCCCCGAGGAGGGUAAUUUCAGAGGGAAAGAUGGACCCGAAGACCGAUAAGCUUGUGAGGAGGACAACAAUGGUGGCUACUGUCACUGCUUCUUAUUUCCUGAUCACUGCUGACUAUGGCCCUGACCCGAACUUUCUCGACCCCAUAAAAAAUGUCGUAAUGUCAGCUCAGCGAUCCGUGAAAGAGUUUAUGUUCGGAGCGAAGAAGGAAUCCGCCGGGAACAAUGCUGGUAAGGUAACAUCAAAUGCUGCAGACAAACAUCCUUAAUUAUGUUCAGAUGCCUAACAUUGUGCUUUCCUGAUGGUUCGGAAUCCUUUUGUAUCAGUGUUUAUAGAACUAUAGCUGUAGUAUAAAAGCAUCCAAACUAGAUUUUAUUUAUUUUUUUUCUUGUUCAAAGAUUUUUAAACUUUUAGUAAAUUCAGUAAUUAAUCUUCAAAAGCAACUUUUAGUUGUA